AUGGCCAUGGUCAUGAUCAAGGGCCUCCAAAUCCGAGCCAUUUGCGCAUCGGAGCAGUCUGAAGAAGAACACUCCACCGUAGAGCGGAAUUCCGGCGACAGCCAUGGCUGGUUGAGUGGAGCUAUCCGAGCGAUGUCGGCAAACCGGCCAACUAGGCGCAGGGACCACCGCAAGGCGGGUGGAUUUUCGAGAGAAGAAACCACCCGCGAGCACGAAAAUAUUCGGGAAGGUUUGGAUGCUCACCCGCAAACGGAUCUAUCGUCCCGACCGAUCCUUUUCGAAAUGGGUGAUCAGGUGAAUCGGACUUCAGAUGAGAAGUUGGGCUCACAGGAAUGA